CACUCGCACAAAGACAAAACAAAUAUUCUUUCUGGCAUUGUGGCAUUUCAUAUUUGUCUUUUUAUCUUUUACGUGUUCAUCGUAAAAAGGUUCUCACGAGGCUUCUUGUUAUACAAGACUUUGUGACCGUGUUAAAGAGGAUAAAAUAGAAGAAUUUUAUCUUAAACGAACGAAAAAUGAACGAAAUAAGGUCUUUGGAACAUUCAACGUUGAAGGUGCCCUAUGAAGUGUUCAACAAACGAUAUCGCAAUGCCCAACGUGUGUUUGACGUGGAGGCCCGUCAUGUGGGUACUGUGGCCACAGAAGUAGACAAUGCUACAAAGAAGCAAGGAGUGACUUCCGGAGAGAUUGAUACUCUUCUUGGUGGCAUGGUUGAAAAACUGACAACAAUGAAGCGUAAGGCAUCUGAAGCUAUUGCGGAGGAGGUGCAAGCCGCUUAUGUUUGCAAGAAGAGGCUGGAGCACCUGAAGGAACAAGCAGCCGCACUUACUGAACCUAGCACUCCACAAGUCAAGGCUUCAUUCACAUCGCAGACGAGUUUGAACCAGUGGCGCAAGGUACGACUGGACAGAAUGCUCGUCGAGUACUUCCUGCGCAACGGCUACUAUGACUCGGCUAACAAACUAGCUGACGCUAGGGGACUGAGGGAGCUUACUAAUGUUGAUAUCUACACGGUAGCAGCUGAAGUAGAGGCGGAGUUGAACUCGCAGCGCACCGCGCGCUGCCUGCAGUGGUGCGCCGACAACAAGUCCAAGCUGAGGAAACUCAACUCUACCAUGGAGUUCAAGAUACGGAUACAGGAGUUCAUAGAGUUGGUUCGCGAAGACAAACGCUUGGAAGCUGUCAAAUACGCGAAGAAGCACUUCUCCACAUUCGAGGAGGACCAGCUUAAGGAUAUACAGCACUGCAUGGGCAUGCUCGCCUUCCCCAAGGACACAGAAGUAGAGCCGUACCGCACCCUGCUGCAGCCGGGGCGCUGGGAAGGGCUGGUGAAGCAGUUCCGCUGGGAGCACUCGCGCCUGCUGCACCCGGCGCGGCUGGCGGCGCUGCCGGUGGCGCUGCAGCUGGGGCUGGCGGCGCUGAACACGCCGCAGUGCUACAGCGCGGCGUCGCGCGUGGCGGCGUGCCCGGCCUGCGCGCCGCCGCUGGCGACGCUGGCGGCCACGCUGCCGCACGCGCACGUGUCGCACUCGCGCCUGCUGUGCCGCAUCUCGCGCGCGCCGCUCAACGAGCACAACCAGCCCAUGGUGCUGCCCAACGGACAGGUCUACGGGGAGAAGGCCCUAAAAGAAAUGAUGAAGGAGCACGGGUCCAUCAUCUGCCCCAAGACCAAAGAGGUAUUCUGUAUGAAACGCGUCGAGAAAGUGUAUGUAAUGUAAACUCACUCUUAGCAUUGUACAAUGUACUGUACAUACACCUUUAUACUGUAUGGUACCUACCAGCAUUUAUCAAUGUCAGAUACUUGUACUAAUUUUAAAAUUAAAAUGUGUCUCAAUUUGAUUGGCGUAGCGUAUAUCGUUUUAUUAAUAAGGUCUUUUUAAUUUAAAUUUAUAUUAAAUACUCAUUUGGAAAUCAGUUCUAUGAAAAGACAUUUUAUAGAUAUUGGAACGUAGAAAAUUAUUGAUGUUCUUGGAAUCUUAAAAAAAACAGGUGAAGUUUUAAUCUCCGGUCUUUAAUUGACACAAUAAAUGGCUUUGCUUGUCUUGUCUCAGAAAUAUAAGUCCCCAUACCAUUGUCGGAAUACUCAAACGCUACUCAAUUUUAAGUCAUGCUUAAGUAUAGUUCUGUCCCUACAAAUUCUUUGUGAAAUGACAGAGAUGACACGAUAUUUAAGCACGACUUAAAAUUGAGUAACGUUUCUGUAUUCCGGCACAUGUCUCCUAUAAUAUUUCUGUUUAGUAUUAUUUAAAUAUUAAAUAAAACAAAUAGGUAAUAGUAAUUUUUAAUACAGUUUGUUACUCAACAUAUUUGCAAAGUCAAUGCAUAUACCAAUUAUUUUGUCUAUGUCUAAUAAUGGAUUCUUUAUCCUAUUAUCACUACUGCAUACAUCUAUAAUUCUAAUAGCGAUGUUCUAUUUCUACCAUAAAUAAUGAAUACACUUUUUUUAGCUUACCACAAACCGUUUACAUAUUUUAUAUUCAUCAAACAAUUAAGUUAACAAAUAUAAAAGGCCUAUAGAAUCUCUUAUUGACUUUUUGUAGUUUUGUAAUACCAUGCAAUAAGGGUACUAUAAUAUAAUAAUAGGGUAGUUUCCUAAAUUUUAUUUCAAUGUCCGUCUGGUAGAUUAGUUUAAAACAUACA